CUUCGAUAUGUUGGUAGGUCGGUGUAGGAGCUCAUUUGCCAAACGUCUUCCACCACUCGUUCACAAUACCACAAACCCCAAAAUUUUCAUCCGGAAAACCGAAAACCCUAAUUCGCUGGACUUUCAUCUCGAUUUUACACGGAUUCGGUUAUUUUUCUUCUUCACUCGAUUAUCCAUCCAUCCUUAUUCUCUUUCUGCUGUUCAAUUGGAGGCGUUUCUGAUGGGGUGAAGCGUUUGCUUCUUAGUAUCUGUCUUGCUAUUUAUGGAGUGGGAUAGUAGCAGUUCUGAUCUGAGCGGAGACGAGGAAGGAUUUUUAUUGAAUGAUGGAGGUCCGCUGCCUUUCCCCGUCGACAGCCUGCUUCAACCGGCGCCGUGUGGGUUCGUUGUUACGGAUGCGUUGGAGCCUGACAGUCCCAUUAUUUACGUGAAUUCAGUUUUCGAGAUCAUAACUGGGUAUCGUGCUGAAGAAGUCCUCGGUCGUAAUUGCCGAUUCUUGCAAUGCAGAGGUCCAUAUGCAAAAAGAAGACAUCCACUGGUGGACUCAACUGUAGUUUCAGAAAUCAGAAGAUGUCUGGAUGAUGGAAUUGAAUUCAAAGGAGAACUCUUAAAUUUCAGAAAAGAUGGCACCCCAUUAAUGAACAGACUACGCAUGACCCCAAUAUAUGGUGAUGAUGAGGUCAUCACCCACAUCAUCGGUAUCCAAUUCUUCACAGAAGUCGACCUUGACCUGGGCCCACUCCAAGGCUCCACCACAAAAGGAACCAUCAAACCAUCCGAUGGCUUUCGGUCCAGUCUCUUUUCAUGCCGGUUAACCCCAGACCAGACCCGCGGGUCGACCCGUGGACUCUGCGGGAUCCUACAGUUAAGUGAUGAAGUCAUUUCUUUAAAGAUUCUCUCUCGGUUGACCCCGAGAGAUAUUGCUUCCGUGGGGUCCGUUUGCAGGAGGUUUUAUGAGGUUGCGAAAAACGAGGAUUUAUGGAGAAUGGUGUGUCAGAAUGCUUGGGGUAGUGAGACAACUAGGGUUCUAGAAACUGUCCCCGGGGCUAAGAGGUUGGGGUGGGGUCGGUUGGCUCGGGAGUUGACCACCCUCGAGGCGGCUGCAUGGCGGAAGGUGACGGUUGGCGGGGCGGUGGAACCCUCCCGGUGCAACUUCAGCGCGUGUGCUGUCGGAAACCGGGUGGUUCUUUUCGGGGGCGAGGGUGUCAAUAUGCAACCGAUGAAUGACACUUUUGUCCUCGACUUAAACUCUAGUAAACCCGAGUGGCAACACGUGAAAGUCGGCUCACCGCCACCUGGGCGGUGGGGCCACACGCUCUCGUGUGUGAACGGCUCGAAUUUGGUCGUGUUCGGCGGGUGUGGGACCCAAGGGCUGCUGAACGACGUUUUUGUGUUGGAUUUGGACGCGAAGCAUCCUACGUGGCGGGAGAUUUCAGGGCUCGCUCCUCCGCUUCCGAGAUCAUGGCAUAGCUCCUGCACCCUCGAUGGGACAAAACUGAUUGUUUCCGGUGGAUGUGCGGAUUCAGGUGUGCUUUUAAGUGAUACUUUUUUGCUUGACUUGUCAAUGGAGAAACCGGUUUGGAGAGAGAUUCCAGUGACGUGGACCCCACCUUCUCGUUUAGGUCACACUCUAUCGGUGUAUGGUGGCCGGAAAAUCUUGAUGUUUGGUGGUCUUGCGAAAAGCGGGCCCCUCCGGUUCCGUUCCAGUGAUGUGUUUACUAUGGAUUUGAGUGAAGACGAGCCGUGUUGGAGGUCGGUGACCGGAAGCGGAAUGCCCGGUGCCGGAAACCCGGGCGGGAUAGCGCCGCCGCCCCGGUUGGACCAUGUGGCGGUUAGUUUGCCCGGUGGGCGGAUUCUUGUGUUUGGGGGGUCGGUGGCGGGGCUUCAUUCGGCUUCACAGCUUUAUAUUCUGGACCCCACGGAGGAGAAGCCGACAUGGCGGAUAUUGAACGUGCCCGGGCGGCCGCCCAGGUGGAUUUCCGGUCAAGUUUCGGUAGUAUUCCAAGUAAAGGAAAUGACAAAUUUGCCCUUGACUCUCUCUCUCUGUAUUAAGCUUUACUGUGCUCACCCACCCAGCAAACGUGGACUGGAUUAUUCAGCAUGUUGUUUGACCAUGGAUGAGGACUUACUUACGAACUUUAGAGGAAUGAAAUAUGAAUGA